AUGUCUCAACAGCCUAGCUCGCCAGUGAGAGAGGACAGCAAUUCCAGUUCCCCAAUGAUUCCAAAUCCCGAUUCAGUUCCACCACAGCCUUCUUCUCCAGCCUUGUUUUAUAGCUCAUCAUCAUCACAAGCUGAUACCUAUGGUCGCAACAAUAGCCAGAACCAAAGUCAAGGGGACGGUAACAUUAGAGCUGCUAUAGGUUCUUCACCACUAAACUUUCCAUCCUCUUCCCAACGACAAACCUCCGAUAUCUUCCUAUCUCAGAGAAGACAGGGCAGAAAUGGCUCUUCCGCUAAUACCCCUGGAAGAUCGAGAUACCAUACUGAUUUGAGAAGUGAUAGAGCGUUACCUAGUUCUUCAUCUUCGUUAGGCGGUAAUAGUCAGAACCGUCUACACAUGAGAAGAAAUGAUAUUCAUACAUCCGAUCUAUCUUCUCCACGGAGAAUUGUUGAUUUUGACGCUAGAUCUGGUGCCAAUACCAUGGCGUCUUCGUCUUCUUCUGCUCCUCCAUCCGAAAUCAGUGAACCGUUGAGAAUAAUUUGGGGUACUAACGUCAGCAUUCAGGAGUGUACAACCAACUUUCGUAAUUUUUUGAUGUCUUUUAAAUAUAAGUUUCGUAAAGUUUUGGAUGAAAGGGAAGAUUUCAUUAACAGCACCACCGACGAGGAUCUAUACUACAUCAAACAACUUAAUGAAAUGAGAGAACUUGGUACCUCUAAUUUAAACUUAGAUGCAAGAAACCUACUCGCUUACAAGCAAACAGAAGAGCUAUAUCAUCAGUUACUAAAUUACCCUCAAGAAGUUAUUUCCAUUAUGGAUCAAACAAUAAAGGAUUGCAUGGUUUCUUUGGUAGUGGACAACCAUUUAGACUAUGAUCUGGAUGAAAUUGAAACUAAAUUUUAUAAAGUGAGACCUUAUAAUGUAGGUUCCUGUAAAGGUAUGCGAGAACUUAAUCCAAACGAUAUAGAUAAACUAAUAAAUUUGAAAGGCCUUGUUCUAAGAUCAACUCCAGUCAUCCCCGAUAUGAAAGUAGCGUUUUUCAAAUGUAAUGUUUGCGACCACACAAUGGCUGUGGAAAUUGACAGAGGUGUUAUCCAAGAACCUGCUAGAUGUGAACGUAUUGAUUGUAACGAGCCUAAUUCCAUGUCAUUGAUACAUAACAGGUGUUCAUUUGCAGAUAAACAAGUCAUCAAACUACAGGAAACACCAGAUUUUGUCCCAGAUGGGCAGACACCUCACUCUAUUUCAUUAUGUGUGUACGAUGAGUUAGUCGAUUCUUGUAGAGCGGGUGAUCGUAUCGAGGUAACCGGUACAUUUAGAUCUAUUCCUAUUAGAGCCAAUUCUAGACAACGUGUCUUAAAAUCGUUGUACAAAACAUAUGUCGAUGUGGUUCACGUAAAAAAAGUCUCAGAUAAAAGGUUAGACGUCGACACUUCCACCAUUGAGCAAGAACUAAUGCAAAACAAGCUAGAUCAUAAUGAAGUUGAAGAAGUAAGGCGAAUUACUGACCACGACCUGGCGAAAAUUCGUGAAGUCGCAUCUAGAGAAGACUUGUAUAGUUUGUUGGCACGCUCUAUUGCUCCGAGUAUUUAUGAACUAGAAGAUGUCAAGAAAGGUAUUCUUCUUCAACUUUUUGGCGGUACGAAUAAGACUUUUACGAAGGGUGGUCGUUAUAGAGGUGAUAUAAAUAUUUUGCUUUGCGGGGAUCCAUCUACUUCCAAAUCACAAAUUUUGCAAUAUGUUCACAAAAUUACUCCUCGUGGUGUGUAUACUUCGGGGAAAGGGUCAUCUGCUGUUGGUUUAACUGCUUACAUAACAAGGGAUGUUGAUACGAAACAGCUUGUUUUAGAAAGUGGUGCGUUAGUACUGUCUGAUGGUGGUGUGUGUUGUAUUGAUGAAUUUGAUAAGAUGAGUGACUCUACAAGAUCUGUUUUACAUGAAGUUAUGGAACAACAAACUAUUUCUAUCGCGAAAGCAGGGAUUAUCACAACGUUGAACGCCAGAAGUUCCAUUCUGGCUAGUGCUAACCCAAUCGGUUCACGUUACAAUCCAAACUUACCUGUGACACAAAACAUUGACUUACCUCCUCCAUUACUUUCGAGAUUUGAUCUGGUUUAUCUGGUUCUGGACAAAGUUGAUGAAAAAAAUGACAGAGAGCUAGCCAAGCACUUAACAAAUCUUUAUUUAGAAGAUAAACCCGAACAUGUGUCUCAAGAUGAUGUCCUACCAGUUGAAUUUUUAACGAUGUAUAUUAGUUAUGCAAAGGAGCACAUAAACCCAGUGAUCACCGAAGCCGCCAAAACAGAGCUUGUUCGAGCAUAUGUAGGAAUGAGGAAAAUGGGUGAUGACUCGAGAUCUGAUGAGAAAAGAAUCACAGCUACAACAAGACAAUUAGAGAGUAUGAUUCGUUUAGCUGAAGCACAUGCUAAGAUGAAAUUAAAAAGCGCUGUAGAAUUGGAAGAUGUUCAAGAGGCUGUGAGAUUAAUCAGAUCAGCUAUCAAAGAUUAUGCGACAGAUCCAAAGACUGGUAAAAUCGACAUGAAUUUAGUUCAGACAGGUAAAUCUGUGGUUCAAAGAAAAUUGCAGGAAGAUUUAUCAAGGGAAAUCGUAAACGUUUUGAAAGAUCAGGUAUCUGACUCAAUGUCAUUCAAUGAGCUUAUCAAGCAAAUAAAUGAGCACUCGCAAGAUAGGGUUGACUCUUCUGAUAUCCAAGAGGCCUUGUCGAGGUUGCAACAAGAAGAUAAGGUUAUUGUUCUUGGCGAAGGUGUAAGGAGAUCUGUUCGCUUAAACAACCGUGUCUGA